AUGGUCAAUGAAGAGCUGCCGCUAUAUUCGGCUCGGGAUCUUUCCCCCCGCUACGAAGCGUUCGCCGAGGAAGAUGAUGAGGAUGGCAAUCCGAUCUUCCUAUACUCAUCUUUCGGCUACAUAUCCGAUGAAUAUGUUGCCUACUUCGGCCAGUCCAAUCUUCGAAAAUGCGAAUUAAAUCAGAAAAUUAUCAGAGAAAGUUUGCAACGUCUUCCAGAUGAGGAUGUGUACCCUGAGGCUCCUUCAGACAUCACAGUAGUUUUACCCCCGAUCGACGAGACUCUCUUCCUCAAAAGGCCAAAACUACACCUAGACUUCUUAGGUACAGGCCUAUUACCAAAACUCAUGUUACAUGAAGCUGAAACAAUGGAGCUCCCUCUGCGUAACCCACAUCCACAUAUCGUUAGGUACCAUGGUUGUUUGAUCAAGCGUGGUCGUAUCGUUAGCCUUGUACUGGAUCGCCUUCCAAUUACGCUCCAACAUCGACUAGAGAAGAAUGCGCAACACUUUGACGUUGAGAAUUGCAUGCGCAAAAUGAAGUCUGCGAUCCGCCACCUUCAUUCACUUGGACGAGCGCACAACGAUCUUACGCUAAUGAAAGUUAUGAUCGACAAAAGCGAUGACCCCAUCAUCGUCGAUUACAGUUCGUGCCAGCCAUUCGGGAACACACUCAUCACAGCAGGUACGCCAGGAUGGGUUGACGAAGACUUCACGAUUUCGGCGCAAGAGCACGAUCAAAUUGCGUUGGACAAGAUCCGAAAAUGGAUUGAGAAGCUAACAAGAGCUGCAAAAAAUCCAAGGACAGGCCAUCUCGCGUAUCGUUCGCCUAGGACGAGGCACUGGUUGAGGGGUUCGUUGGUGGCUAGAAUCAAGUCUUAA